UCAGGCAGGCGAGUCUGUCUCGCUGUGCCGAUUGCCGAGGUGAAGCGAGUGAGCGCCAGUCUGCGCCGCUCGGUUAGUAUCAGUCUUCGUCACGGCGAUGCCGGUGGCGCACGUGGCGCCGCUCGCAGACAACAAUACGUUGUGACGAUCGCACCGAUACUUCUUUCCCAACUAAUAAAUCAGCCGAGUCGUACGAAGUAACCCCACCAACAGAUUAUAACUCGAUAUGAGAUAACAAGCUCGCGGCACGACUCCGGUCAUUAAUCACUAAGUCCGUUCAACUCGAAUGAUUGGAACGGAAACGUAAUCUUACAGUUUCCAUUUAGGAUCGCGUAAUGUAAACAGAUAAACAUUGUUGAAGUUUUCCGGAAUCGUUUGUUGACUAAAGGUUACAGUAGAUCUAGGUGCAUUGUAUGGACCAUUGUUAGGCAAUAAUGCCGUAUAGGCCCAGGGGUACUGUGUAGUCGAUUUGCGUGUGUAAAGUGGAUGUGAGCGGACAAGUAGAACUGGUGGAGAAGCAUGGGCGCCGUAGGGCAGUGGACGGCUGGCGUGCUGUGGGCCGUGCUAGCGUCCGUGCUGGCCGAUUCCUGGACCGCUUACCAGGAGCAACCUUGCUGUCGUCCUGUUACACAUCAUCGUGUCAGACAUCAUAGAGAUCAUAUACGAGAGUUCUCUUGCGGCAGCCUGUUUUAUAGAACUCUGUACUUAAACGAAGAGGGAAACACGUUGUAUGUUGGUGCUAUGGAUAGGGUAUUUAAAUUAAAUAUGACAGAUAUAAGCCAGUCUCAUUGUGAGCGAGAUGCUCUAUUACUGGAAGCCAGUAAUGUCGCACAGUGUGUAAGCAAGGGCAAGUCAGAGCCGUUUGAAUGUCGAAACCACAUCAGAGUGCUACAGCCGCUCGGUGACGGGGAGAGGCUUUAUGUGUGUGGCACUAAUGCACACAAUCCAAAAGACUGGGUAGUUUAUUUGAAUUUGACACAUCUACCUCGACACGAGUACGUGCCGGGUGUGGGUCACGGUGUGGCAAAGUGCCCUUACGACCCGGCGGACAACAGUACAGCUGUGUGGGUUACACAGGGCAACCCAGGGGGAUUACCUGCUCUGUAUGCCGGAACCAAUGCCGAGUUCACUAAAGCGGACCCGGUAAUAUUUAGAAAUGACCUUUUCGAUUUUCGAACGGGCCAGAAGAAAUUCAACUUUAAGAGGACGUUAAAAUACGACUCUAAAUGGUUAGACAAAACCAACUUUGUGGGAGCAUUUGACGUUGGAGAGUACGUCUUAUUUUUCUUCCGCGAAACGGCGGUGGAGUUCAUGAAUUGCGGCAAGGCGGUCUAUUCCCGUGUCGCAAGAGUAUGCAAACACGACACGGGUGGGAAGCACAUUCUGAGCCAAAAUUGGGCCACUUACUUGAAAGCUAGACUGAAUUGUAGUAUACCUGGCGAGUUUCCUUUCUAUUUCGAUGAAAUACAGAGCGUGUACCAAAUGCCGGGAGACCCAAGUCGGUUCUACGCGGCGUUCACGACGGGCGCCAGCGACGGGCUUGUUGGUUCAGCGAUUUGUACUUAUACAAUGGAUGACAUACAGGAAACUUUUAGUGGAAGAUUCAAGGAACAGGCGACAUCUAACUCGGCGUGGCUGCCGGUGCUGCGGGCGCGGGUACCGGAUCCACGGCCCGGCACCUGCGUCAACAACACCGAGGCGCUUCCCGACAAUGUGCUCAACUUUAUCAGGUCACACCCAUUAAUGGACUCGGCAGUGCGACACGAGGGAGAUGCGCCUGCGUUUUAUAAGAGGGACUUAGUGCUCACAACCCUCGUCGUUGAUCAGCAGUUUGUCGACAUGCUGAGGGAUGAUAUCACUUAUACUAUAUUUUACGCUGGCACCAGUGCUGGUGAGGUGUACAAAAUAGUGCAGUGGGCGGGCGGCGGUUCCCGGGUGGCGGACGUGUGGCGCGCAGCCGGCUCCGAGCCGGUGCGGGCUUUGGCGCUCUCUCGACGGAUACACGCCCUUUACCUCGCCACCGAUAACCGCUUGAGGCAGCUACCGUUACAUGCUUGUGCGCAUCGCUACGAUAGUUGCGUGCGUUGUGUCCUGGAUCCGUACUGUGGGUGGGACAAGGAAGUUGGCGCGUGUCGAUCCUACGCGCCGGGUCUUCUUCACGACGCCACCAACUCUACACCGUCCAUAUGCGAAGCCAGUGCCCCACUCAGAACAGUGCGAGCGGGCUAUGGGCAGAGCGUACAUUUAGCGGCAUUUGGAAAGACACCUGAGGCUUUUAAGGACCAACACGUCACAUGGUACCACCAUUCUAGAGAGAAAGGUCGCUAUAAAAUAAAUUUCAAUUGGGAGAGAGUGCUGCAGACUUCGGAACGUGGUCUCGUUCUACUAACGGUGUCGGAUUCAGACCGCGGUCGGUACGAGUGCUACUAUGGGCCCACGCUUAUAGCAUCGUACAAUUUGGAUAUCGAUAUACACAGGUGCACGCAGCCGAGUAAAACACAAGAAUACAAACAAGUAUACUCGGACUGGUGUCAUGAGUUCGAGAAAUACAAAAGUGCGAUGAAAGCAUGGGAGACACGACAAAUGCAGUGCUCCAAAAACCUAAACGCAUCGAGCCAGCAAAACACUAUGGCGAACGAGAUUGUGGCGUCGCUGCGGUGAUAGGGCACAGCUCGCUAGUGAUUAAUGAACGAUUACGCACACCAAGCACCGCUAACAUAAACUAUCCGAUAUUUCGCCGACGACGCCCCACCCCCAACCAUUGAACAAAACGUAGUACCAGUUUUUGUCGUCUUCCAUUAUUCGCUCCUGGAUGUUGCGAGUUUUUCAGACGGUCAAACAGUAAUAAAAACUUUUUACAUUUUACCCGCAACGUCUUGUUUUUAAAUGUUUUUUCUUUUAUGUAAUAUUUCUUAUUUCCAUUUUAUAGUCAUGCGUUUCAUAUAUAUAAUAAGAUUUUAUAGGAGUGAAAAUAUUAUGGGUUUCAAGGUUGGUUGGUUGUUUGUUUAUAAGUUAGUAUCAGUUCAUAAUUUUUAAAUCGAGAAAUUAUAGUUACAGAUGUAAGAAAGGGGAACGAUAAUGUAGUGAGUGAGGGGAUGAUCUGUUAAAAUAGAUUUGUUGCUUGCUCCGACUGCGCCGCGUGAUGGAUGACUGACUUCUGUUCAACUUUGGUCGCAACUUUUUCUUUGGGAGCGGCAAGAUAAUCUGCCGAACUAAUAUCGAAUGGUUUAUGUUACGGGUGAUUCGUUGAGAUUAAUUAAUAAAUUGUUGUUGAUGAAUGCGACUGAGUAAUAAUAAAAUAAGCUUUGUCAAAAAUAAUCACAACAUUAACAAAUGAUGUGUAAAUGUAUCGCCUUCGCGUCGGAUCUCUAUUGUAAAUAUAUAAUAGAAAGAAUCGAGUCAAACUUAUGAGGGUAAGGAUCCAACUAUACAAAUUGCUGUGAUAUCAGUUUUCGCUGGAAUACUAAUGUGCUGUCGGUGAGAUAAAAAUAAAAUGUUUAAUAUGUUUUCAUGAAAAUAAUGACGCUUUAGCGCAUUCAAAUUGAUAAGAAUGUACCUAUAUAUUAAGUCGAAAUAGAUUGAUCAAAAUUUAUUUUACUCGUUUUAAAUACAGCUAAUAAAUUGUACAUUUAUUAAUACAAUGCCACUAGAAAAUAUUAGGUAAAAUAAUGAGCAAUAUGAACGCCAAUUUAGAUCUAAGCAUAAAAUUGUAUGAUAUUAGCUUCUGUUAUACAAUUAAAGCGUUGAUGCAUAAUGUUCCUAGAGUAUAAGUGUCUAAGUUUUGUUGAUGUGACGACUACGGACGUUGCGUGUUGCUUCCACUGUUCCAUAUUGUGUACAAGUUUUGUUCUGUACUCUUUAAGUUUCAAAAAGUUGAUGUUAUUGAUUACUUGCCAUAAAAUGUAAUGUUAGGCCUUACUUCGGAUGUUGAAACCGAAUUUAUUAAUAGACGUUACGUUUUCCUUCCCAUUAAUUUUAUUAUAAUCUCGCUAGUAUAGUGCCUUGUGAAGCAUGCUUACGGAUUAAUAAAACUUAUUAAAAUUAAUAAUGAUUAGAUAAGAAAUAUUUUUGUGUACAAUGUAAAGUUAUGAUGUAGCUCUAGUUAACAAUUUAUAGUAGCAACGCAUUUCGUAAUAAAAGCAAUAAUGUUCCAUGGAAUUAAGUCGCCAGUAUUAAUAUUUGCAAGUAUACUAGAUAGUAUUAUAUAAUAUUUAAGAUGACCUUAAAUAGUAAAAUUACUUUGUAAUAAUCUGUACGUAAACUUUAAUUUUCAUUGUCCAUAGUCUAUGCAUAGUACAGAAAUACAAAAUUACACUGAAGUAUUUAUUGUUUGGGCAAUAAGAUAUUCUGUUUAGAGUAGUAUCUAUUUCAGGAUUCAUAGAGGUUGGCAUUAAUUAGACUGUAGUUGUACCUAUUAUAGUGUCUAUGCCACAAUACCUCGCUAGCUACUCGUUCUUAUUAUCUACUGACAUAUAUCUUAAAUAGCAACUUUUGAAGUUACUACAAGUAAAUCUGUUGCAAAAUUGCAUUUAUAGUUACAAAAUGUUAUUGUAAAAAAUAUUGUAAAUAAAUUAUAAAAUUUGGUAGACAGAUUGCUAUUACAUAUAAUAUUAUAUGUUUAUUGUAAAAAUAUAUUACUUAAGCUACGAUAUAAGCGAUUGUUUUAUAAAAGGAACACAAAAAAUAAAUUA